AACAACUCUGAUGCCGGUAGAUGUAUGGAGGUUCGGGUUCGUCUAUAAUAUAUCUUGAUUAGUGCCCGCUUGGCAAAGCACUCGAAGUAUAUAAGAUCAUGUCCAUCUCUCUGAGUUAUUCGUCUCCAACUCUCACAUUCACAAUUCACUAGCAAAUAACAUGCGCACCGGUACAUAUAAGCUGGCAAAUGUUGCGCGCCCAGGGCAAUAUGUCUCUCUCGUCGAUGGCAACAUCGUUGGACACUCUGAAGAACCUGGAAUCAUGAUUGAGUGGUUUGCAAUGUUUCACGAGGGUGAAUUGGCAACUUUCCAAGCGGUGAGCAAUGGAGAAAUACUCGAAGAAUAUAUUUACUUCGACUCCAAGACUCAGUCUUUGACUUGUUCCAAAAAUCCUUGGCUUUUUUGGAUCAGCGAAAGCCCCAGAUCUCCCAAGUUUUUUUCCAUCGACAUCGAAUGCACGGACUUGACCUGGACACUCACGUCAUGGGACGAAAACUCACCUAUCGAGGCCCAGAGUAACAUCGGCUCUACUCAGCAGUUGUGGAUGUUCGAGAGAAAUGAUCUGAUGAAUAACUCCAUAUAGUACAUUUUGUUACAAGUUGCGUAGGUUGAACGGCGUCCGCGAAAUCAAUCAAUCCCUUCUUGUAUAGUUCUUGCUAGUAGCCGGGGAGCUUUUUCACGAUGGCAGCGGAAAGUCAUUAUGUACCUUUUCCCCCAUUUAUUGUUAGCAUUGUAGGCUAGCCUAAUACCGACAGUACAUAUUGUGCUAUAUGGCGUUAUCA